AUGACUACUGAAGAUUACCCUUACGUCUACACCUACUAUGAUGAUAAUGAUACUGACAGCAACGCCUCCCUCCCAGAAUUCCCUAAUUUCUGGUGCAGCCUUGAUCCACAGCAGAAGAGGAUCAUCAAAACCUUCCAGACUUGCGCUUUUUGCCUGAUUUUCCUGCUGGGCGUCACAGGAAACAGCCUGGUGAUCGCCACAUUUGCUCUGUAUCGGCGUCUCCGGCUUCGCUCAACCACCGACAUCUUCCUGUUCCAUUUGGCCCUGGCUGACCUCCUCUUGCUCCUCACGCUCCCCCUGAAAGUCGCCGACACUAAUCUCAGCUGGAGCUUCUCUGAGUCGUUCCAAAAAUCCGCGCGUGCCUUCCAUGCCGUCAACACGUACAGCGGCCUGCUGCUGCUCGCCUGCAUCAGCGUUGACCGCUACAUGGUGGUGGUGCGAGCUCAGGAGAUGCUACGACUGCGCCACCAGAUGCACACAGUAGGAAGCCUGGCGGCUGUGGGCGUUUGGUUUGUUGCUGUUCUCCUCAGUCUGCCUGAAAUCCUCUUUGCCUGGCAUUACAAUCAUGACUGUCACUCCUGCAAUGAAGUCAAAAUGGCCUCAAUGGGACUUUUGAUUGCAGUUUUCUGCCUCACCCUCCUCACAAUGCUGGCGUGUUACUCUGUGAUCGCUCGCGUUCUGUGUGAAAGUCCCAGACAUCGACGGGGGAAACAGUGGCAACGACAGCGCACCCUGAAGCUAAUGGUGGCGCUGGUGCUGGUUUUUCUGGCAUUCCAGCUGCCUUACACUGUGGUGCUGUUUUGGAAAAUGGCAAGGCCGAUCUGCGAGCUGAUGCUGGAGUACUCCACCUGCACUCUGGCGUACACCCGCUGCUGCCUCAACCCCGUCCUGUACGCCCUGAUCGGUGUGCGUUUCCGCAGGGACGUCUGGCAUCUCCUCCAGGACGCGGGCUGCGCGUGUGCGCCUGGCGGGCUCCUCCAGACUCUGAGCUCCGUCUCCUCCCCGAACAGGUCCACCGUCGCAGGCUUUUCGCCAGUGUCCCCCAGUAACUCCAGCAGCAAUGCCGUUCCAUCAAAUUUCAGUUUCCAGGAACCACAUAAAUGCAGCCGUUAGAUCCGUCAGGCGGGUGUUCCACGUCUGUGUGCCUCCAGAAAGAGGAGCUAUUAGCAGAACGAGUCAAUCCACAUUUACGCCACGUUCUCCUUCAAAUCCUUUUUUAUCCCAAACUACUGAACUAUUUGGUGCAUCUGAGACAAAUUUUUAAAAAAGUUCACCAAGUAAGGCCAUCGGAUCUCAAGCACAGCUGCCGUCCUUUCCAUUUUGUACAAAUGUUUACCAAACGUAGAGCUUUUGUUGCAUUAUUUUCCACUUUUUUAAUUGUUGCUAUUUAAAUGUGUGGAUGUUGUUUUUUGCAUUUUAUGUUUUUAUUGCAGUGAUCUGAAAUGGAUGUUUUAGUGUAUGUAAUGUAAA